AUGAACAUCCGACCUCCGACGAGGCCGCAGUCUUUCCUGCGAGCCAUCGUUAGACAAUCUCAGUUCCAAUGUCGCCGCGAACAUACCGCCCCGAAAGACUGGAAGCUCCUCAAGAGUCCGUCAUGGCAGAAUCAAUCGAAAAAAGAAGUCUUUGACAAAUAUGGUGUACCUGGGUUCCUGGAACAGAAGGUUUUCCAUGAGACCUAUCAGAAAUACAUCGAGCAUCUUGCCAGUCGGUUAAAUGAGUUUGUAGCAGGCACCGCCGACGAAGGCGCCUCCGCCGACGACCUACACAAACGGUACGCCCAUGUCGCCUCCAAGGCGGCGCUGUACAAUCAUGCCGCCAUGGCAAUCCACACACAGUUUUUCUUCGAAGGAUUAGCGCACGCACCAGCGUCCGCCAUCCCUCGCGUCCCCGGGAUCAACACGAAAAAAGCCAUCGAAACACACUUCGACUCGCUAGAUCAACUGCGCAGCGAGUUUCUCGAGACGGCCGACUCGCUCUUCGGCAACGGCUUCGUCUGGCUGAUGCUGCUGCGCGACGGCGGCGGCCUCGGCAUCCUUGCCACCUACAACGCCGGCUCCCCUUGGCCCGGCGCUGCCCCUCGCCGCGACCACCGCGACAUGGCCAACAUCGAUGCCCGCCAGCUGGCUGACGAGCUUCAGGACCCACGCCGCAGCACCGCCGGCUCCUACAGCAAUGGUGUGUCGCAGGGGACGGCCGGUUCGUUCGGAGAUUUCAGCGCCAACCGCGUACGAUUCUUCGAGGGCCAUUUGGAUGCCGAGCCGCUGCUGUGCGUCAAUCUGUGGCAGCACCAGUGGAUCCCAGACUUUGGGCUAUUUGGGCGCAAGGACUACCUGACCGCGUGGUGGGACACGAUCGAUUGGGGCGUGGUGGAGAACCGGCUGUCGCUUGCUGGUCCGGUCAAUGACUCGAGACUGCGGCCGUCGCAGUAUGAGCCCUUGAUGAACAGAUUCCAACAGGAUCGCCCCGUGGUAUAA